CCAAUCGCCUCCUCCUGCAUUGACCUGACCGUUUGCCAUUCGCACGAAACGCCCAUUUCGCCGGGCUCAUUCGACCGGCAACUUGGCUUUUUCCCCGCCUCCCAGCCCUGCCAUGGCGUGGACACUUCGAGCAGAGUUGACGAAAACUGCCAGACGUCUGUCAUUCACUCGUCCGUCUAUUCAGAGCACCCGACAAAGUCGCCCAUGCCCCGGCGCCACGAGCCCGCUGGCCAGGCGAGCUGCGAGGCAGUCGGCAGUCGUGCGUCGAGUGUGAAAAAGUCGAUCGAUUUCUGCGUGACAGGUGCCGGUGCGCUGUUGCGCAAGCGUCGACGUGGUCUCAACGCACGUUCGAGCCUUUUCGGCUCUUCGGCCAAACUCGAGCUGACCGGAGGCGGCGGCGGCGGCGGCGCCUCUUGUCGGCCAAAAGGCGGCCGACUCGGCUUCAACGGCCAAGUCGGCCAGAAUUGUGCAUCGAUCGCCGGUCUGCCGGCCACCUUUGACUUGCCCGAGCCGACGUCCGACCCGCGAGUCACGCUGAUUGGCUACCGCAGUUUUGAUCCGGACACCGACGACCCGCUGACCGCGCCACCAGCCACGGCCCAGCUCGGCUGCACAUGCUCGCUGCCCGCCUCGCCGGUGCACUCGUCGCUGCGACAGGCCUGCUUUUUCGGUCUCUGUCCGCAGGCGUGCACGCGAGUUGCCGAGGCGCGCGGACACCCAGCCUCGGUGUCGACAAGCCUCUCGUCUGCGCCACCAUGGCAACCGGCAACCCGAGCCACGAGGGCUCAGACACGCGGGACGACAUGUCUGCGAACCGGUGCCGUCUCGAGCAGCGAGCCGGUCAGACGAGCUGUUGUUGAGGGGGCGGGCGAAGUAGCGCAUCCGUUGCCGUCUAAUCCAGCCUUUCUGUUGCGCUGUCUCAUCGACUCGUCGGCCAACGCGACUGUCGAUGACCAGUCGACGUGUCUCGACGCGCCCGGUCCUAGCGUUGCCGGCCGGUCGAGCCAUCACCGAGGCAACCGAGCUGACUCGACCGGUACAGACGGUUGCGACUGUCCCAACACACCGGCCGCACCCACGACUGCUUGUCGCUCUCGAGGACACUUGGCCUCAGGGCGUCCCAAGUCUCUUGUGCUUCGACAAACUUCUUGUACAGCCUCGCAGCAGGCCGAGGUCGAAGCAAAGUGUAGGCCCCUUCACAGUCGGACACAUCAUGCCCCGGCUCAACUGGCCUCUUUCCAAGAGUGA